AUGAAAGUUAUCUACUACGCAAUAAGCUUUUUCAUGCUUGUUAUUUCCGCUGCAUCCACGCUGAGCGGCUUAUUUAAGGUGUCGUGGGUUUUCAAACGCUCUGUGAACAACAUAGGGCUGUUCAGAAUCUGUUACGAUAAAUUAGGCGUGCAAGAAUGUCAGAGAUUCCCUAAUCAAGGCACUUGCGACGAACUUGGUGAAGCGUUCUGCACAGUGUGGUCCUCCGCAGGCUACACCAUACAAUUAUCCUUUAUAUUUCUCGUCCCUUGUCUUUGUGCGAUUACGCUCAUCGCUUGUAUCGGUCGCAAGGGCGGCAAGAAACGUCGUGAAGGGUGGAGAUUGAUGACAUGCUUAAUGGUUCUGUAUUCCUCGCUUCAGCUCUUCACCGUCAUAACCGUGGCUGUCUUCAGCAAGACUAAGAAUCUCGGCCACCUAGGCACUGGAUUCUACAUGACGCUCGUCGCUGUUUUACUUUCUUUCACGGCAUGCUUCAUUCAGAUCAUAGCCGGAUUCUCAGCUUCACGUAAUUAUGCAUGGGCUAAAGAAGAGAAAGAUUACUGGUUCACUGGACGCAGGUCAAGUAGUCUUACUGCAGAUGAACACACGCCAUUGAUCAGCCACGGUUGA